UGGGCUGGGCGGGGUGCGGACGCCUGCACCUCCUGGGCACCCGCGGCCACAUCCGUGACCGAGGCUGACAAGUGGACACCUCUGAGGCUCGGGAAAAGGUGUCCUAAGACACUGAUGGCAAACUUCAAGGGCCACGCUCUGCCAGGGAGCUUCUUUCUGAUAUUUGGACUAUGGUGGUCAGUGAAGUACCCACUGAAGUACUUUCAUCAAAAGGGCUUAAAAAAGAACAGACUGAGCCAGCAGCAGCAGCGGAUCGAGAUAAUUGAAGGUGCAAUCAAGACUCUGUUUGCAGUCAUCGGGAUCCUGGCAGAGCAGUUUGUUCCAGAUGGGCCUCACCUCCACCUCUACCACGAAAAUCAAUGGACAAAGCUAAUGAAUUGGCAGCACAGCACCAUGUACCUGUUCUUUGGUAUCUCAGGAAUCAUCGACAUGCUCACCUACCUUUACUUCAACAUUGUGCCCCUGGGGGUAGACAGAGUGGUUUUGGCUAUGGCAGUAUUCAGUGAAGGUUUUCUCUUCUACUUCCACGUUCACAACCGUCCUCCGCUGGACCAGCACAUCCACUCACUUCUACUGUUUGGUUUGUUUGGAGCGAGUGCCAGUAUCUUCCUGGAGGUGAUCUAUCGGGAUAAUAUUGUGCUGGAGCUUUUCCGAACCAGUCUCCUUAUUCUUCAGGGGACCUGGUUCUGGCAGAUUGGAUUUGUCCUGUUCCCCCCAUUUGGAACACCAGAAUGGGACCAGAAAGACAUGGACAAUAUCAUGUUUAUCACCAUGUGCUUCUGCUGGCACUAUUUGGUUGCCCUUUUCAUCACAGCCAUCAAUUACUCUCUUGUUUACUGCUUCCUGACCCGGGUGAAGAGGCACACAGAAGGAGAAGUCAUUGGGAUUCAGAAACUGAAGUCUGACCACACAUACCAGUCAGCCCUUUUGAGUGGCUCAGAUGAGGAGUAACAUCAGGCCUCGGGGAA